CUGUUAGUGUUACUAAGCAGUGUUAAAUAAGUGAGUAGUGUUAAUCAGUCACUCAGACUCAGUGACUGUUACUAUUAUUAAACUCUUAAGACACUUAAAAGUUAAGUCUAUCUAGAUUCUAGAAUAUUCUAGAUCUAUAUUUCUAUAUAAUAUAAAUGUACUUUAUAUAGAUCUAGUCUGUUAACUAGAAUCCUAGAGACUAGGACUAGAGUAACUAGGGACACUAGAUGUGACUAGAGUUAGAGUGUACUAACAAGAUCUAUGACACUAAUGACAGAGACUUUUUUACUACAGUACAGACUACUACACUACUACAGUAAUGAGUAACUCAGCUAACUCAGUAACUGUAAGUAGUACUGUAGUCUGUAGUGUCAAGUACUUCAAAUAGUGUUACUGUGUGUAAGUAUGAGUUUAUUUUCAUUGUGUAUUUCAAAUAUUUGAAAAAAAAAUUGCUACAUAAAAUUUAAUGGAUUUCAAAACUCCUGUGAGAGAUAGAGGAUGCAGAGAUUUUUCUGAUGCCAUUACUAGGAGCAAUUCAAAUCAAGAUAUGCUCAUAGAUCCCAUUACUCCAAAACAAAGAUCAAAUAUAAGCCUGAAGACACCAUCCUUUAUGUACAUUGCUUCCAACUGCCAAGUUAAAGGGUCUAGAAAAUCAGUUAGUGACCAAGAUUGUCCUGACUUGAGUGACAAAACCAGUCCAGGCUUAACCAGACUUCGCAUGACACCAGGUUUUAUGAGAGAAAAGCAGAAAAAUCUUAUUGAUCAACAUAGGGAGAUAUUACAAAAAGGCAGCCAUGUGCAGGCAGGUGGAGGUAUUUCAAUAUGGCCUGAAAUGCAUGCAAUGAGGCUCACAAGAAGUGAAGUUAUAUUGCUCCUUGUUCAAGCCAUCAUUCUAUGUGGACUCACACUAGCCCUUUUAAAUAAAUUACAUGGUCAAACAUUUUCUUAUCUCAAAUUAUUUUCAAUGGAUGUGAAGAAGUUUUGUUCACUGAACUAUAUAAAUGAAUCUCAAAACCAAGAAAUAUUUCAAUCUCAAGUUAUUCAAUGGCACAAUGAUUUCUAUCAAUUAACUGAAACUAUUCAAGUUCACUUUGAUUUGACCUCCAUGUCCACAAGUUAUCAAGUAUACAUAUCAACCUACAUCUUGGGACUGCUAGUUCUCUUGUAUUAUUUAAUGGACAAUAUGCUUGCUAGAAACAAAUUAACACCUUCUCGGGUUAAAAAAUGGACCUGUCUCCUUGUGGUUAUUGGAAGCUGGACAUGUUCAAUGGCAUAUGGGUUGUUUCUAGCUAGUCAGUUAGAAAGACAAAUGGUUCUCUGUGUGCAACAACUUUCUUCAUUUCUGGGCACAUUGGUCAUUAGUCCUCUAGAUUUAGACACCUUUCAAGCAGUUCUACUUUACUGGAAGACCAGGUUCUUGGACAGUACAUCUAUGGGCAUUCUCAACCUUUUUGGACUUAUUCCUAUUAGAGACUUGUUAUAUUACCUCCAAUACUACAGUGUUCCUAUAGCAACAGUUUUGUUGAGUCCUGUGUUACAGUUAUGUUGUUCCUGUCUUGCAGUUUAUAGUCAAGGAGAAUAUAUGAAACCAAACUCAUGAAUAAAACACAAAUUUGUUUUUCU